UUUCUACGGUAGGGCGUGUUGUUGAUAGGUUUACCUGUCAUUAAACAUUUGUACUGCUGUGAGGACAGGGUUGGAGCCAGACUCCAUUCCAUGCUUCACUUUGUUUGGGGUUAAAGAACGAUAUGGUCCAAGUGAUUGCACAUGUUGAUUGCUACUACCAACACUAGACCUAAUACUGGAAUAGGACUACUAUGUUUUGUCACCAUCAGACAGGUCAGCGUAGAUUUGCAUAGUCUAAGCUUAUUUACCUUGGGGCUGCAGAUCAUGGUUCCGGACCCCAAGAUAUGAUGUUCUCACAUUACAUGAAUCUACAUGCAAUUGCCGAGAUUCCAGGGACAGCUCCAUUUAGUCCUUGUCUUUCUUAUUCUAGUCAGUCACAGAUCACCAUGCAUUGACCUUCAGUUGCACUACCAUAAGCCAAUCAGUAAUCUUAUACUUCCGUAGUUGUCAGAUCAUUGCCGACCAGUGAGCAUUCCACUGAGCCGAACAGGCAUACUCUUGAGUCUAAGAAACUGCGUACAGCCAUAUGAGGUGUAUACCAGAUCAAGGCCGAUGAGGUGAUCACUACUGCGCCAUUAUCAUCUGCGAACAGCCAGCAGCCAAUGGCGUCUCCGUUCCCGGUGGCGUACGAGGUGUCGGCGGCGGCGCCGGAGUGGCUGAACAAGGGUGACAACGCGUGGCAGAUGCUCUCUGCCACGCUCGUCGGCCUUCAGGGCUUCCCUGGCCUCGCGCUCUUCUACGCCGGCCUCCUCCACCGCAAGUGGUCGCUCAACUCCGCCUUCAUGGCACUCUACGCCAUGGCGGCCGCCAUGCCCUGCUGGGCGCUCUGGGCGCACAACAUGGCCUUCGGCCCCCGCCUCGUGCCCUUCCUCGGCCGCCCAGGCCCCGCACUGGCCCAGGACUACAUGCUCAGCCAGGCGCUCCUUCCCUCUACCCUCCACGUCCGAGCCAACGGCGAUGUGGAGACGCCGGCGGUGGCGCCACUGUACCCGUCGGCGAGCAUGGUGCUGUUCCAGUGGGCGUUCGCUGGCGUGACCGUGGGGCUGGUCGCCGGGGCCGUGCUGGGACGCAUGAGCACCAAGGCGUGGAUGGCGUUCGUGCCGCUGUGGUCGACGCUGUCCUACACGGUGGGCGCGUACAGCGUGUGGGGCGGCGGAUUCCUCUUCCACUGGGGCGUCAUGGACUACUCCGGAGGUUAUGUCGUCCAUCUCGCCGCCGGCGUUUCUGGCUACACCGCUGCCUACUGGGUGGGCCCGAGGAGGAAGGCGGAGAGGGAGGAAAAACCGGCGCCCAGCAACCUGGUGCUGAUGCUGGCCGGUGCGGGCAUCCUGUGGAUGGGGUGGACCGGCUUCAACGGCGGCGACCCCUUCUCCGCCAACACCGACUCGUCGGUGGCCGUGCUAAACACCCACAUCUGCGCCACCACGAGCAUCCUCGCCUGGAUCUGCUGCGACGUGGCCGCUGCCGGCAGGCCAUCCGUGGUGGGGGCAGUGCAGGGCAUGAUCACCGGCCUCGUCUGCAUCACCCCGGCUGCUGGGUUGGUGCAGGGCUGGGCCGCCAUUGUGAUGGGGAUCGCGUCUGGCACGGUUCCAUGGUACACCAUGAACAGAUCUCGGUGCCGCCUCGCGGAGGAAGUAGACGACACGCUCGGCAUCCUGCACACGCACGCGGUGUCCGGCCUCCUCGGCGGCGUCCUCACCGGCGUCUUCGCGCACCCAGCGCUGUGCAACCUGUUCCUUCCGGUUACCAACUCGAGGGGCCUCGUCUACGGCGCCCGUGCUGGCGGAGCGCAGAUCCUGAAGCAGGUCGUCGCCGCUCUCUUCUUCGUCGGAUGGAACGUGGUCGUCACAUCCGCCAUUUUGCUCCUCGUCGGGGUGUUGGUGCCGUUGAGAAUGACCGAGGAGGAGUUGCUGGCCGGAGACCUCGCCGUACAUGGUGAAGAGGCGUCCAGCAGUUGUCAGUGUGGCUGUAGAAAUAACAGCAGUUUUAGGCAUGCUGCGAUGCAGAUUGUUGGAAACCCAUAACAUUAUUCACUAAUCACUAUGAUAGUCAUUAGCUUAUUAUUGCAAAUUAAUUACACAUAUCAAACUAGAGGCAUUACGUACUUCGACGUACAUGUAACUAUGUAAGUGGCCGGCCAGCUCUAAUAAUUUGUUGGACUGGACGGGCUUCUUCGACGUGAUGGAGUUUAUGAUCACUGAACUCACGUUUUGGUGGAGUAAAAUGGG